UCCUCCUCCUCUUCCUCCUGUUUUCCUCGGGUAGAGGAGGUUGUGACGGCGGCUGGAGGACACAGCAAUGGAGGAAGGAGACAGCGGCUUGCGGAGCCUGGUCCCUGGAGGGCCACUGUUGCUGGUUCUGUAUGGUCUCCUGGAGGCGUCCGGCGGCGGCCGAGCUCUGCCCCAGCUCAGCGAUGACAUCCCCUUCCGAGUCAACUGGCCUGGUACCGAGUUCUCUCUGCCUACAACUGGAGUUUUGUAUAAAGAAGAUAAUUACAUCAUUAUGACAACUGCUCAUAAAGAAAAAUACAAAUGUAUACUUCCUCUUGUGACAAGUGGGGAUGAGGAAGAAGAAAAGGAUUACAAAGGCCCUAAUCCAAGAGAGCUUUUGGACCCGCUAUUUAAACAAAGCAGUUGUUCCUACAGAAUUGAAUCUUACUGGACUUAUGAGGUCUGUCAUGGGAAACAUAUUCGACAGUACCAUGAAGAAAAAGAAACUGGCCAAAAAGUAAAUAUUCAUGAAUACUACCUUGGGAAUAUGCUGGCUAAGAAUCUUCUGUAUGAGAAAGAACAAGAAGCAAAAGAAAAUGAAAAGUCAAAUGAGAUUCCCACUAAAAACAUUGAAGGUCAGAUGACACCCUACUAUCCUGUGGGAAUGGGAAAUGGUACACCUUGUAGUCUGAAACAAAAUCGACCCAGAUCAAGUACUGUGAUGUACAUAUGCCAUCCUGAAUCUAAGCAUGAAAUCCUUUCAGUAGCUGAAGUUACAACUUGUGAAUAUGAAGUUGUCAUUUUGACACCACUCUUGUGCAGUCAUCCUAAAUACAAGUUCAGAGCCUCUCCUGUAAAUGACAUAUUCUGUCAAUCACUGCCGGGAUCUCCAUUUAAACCCCUCACACUAAGACAGUUGGAACAGCAGGAAGAGAUAUUGAGGGUGCCAUUCAGGAGAAAUAAAGAGGAAGAUUUGCCAUCUGCUAAGGAAGAGAGAUUUCCAGCCAUCCACAAACCUAUUGCUGUUGGCUCUCAGCCAGUGCUCACUGUUGGAACAACCCACAUUUCCAAGCUGACAGAUGACCAGCUCAUAAAGGAGUUCCUAAGUGGCUCUUACUGCUUUCAUGGGGGUGUUGGUUGGUGGAAGUAUGAAUUCUGCUAUGGCAAACAUGUACAUCAAUAUCAUGAGGACAAAGAUAAUGGAAAAACUUCUGUAGUUGUGGGGACAUGGAACCAAGAAGAACAUGUUGAGUGGGCUAAGAAAAAUACUGCUAGAGCUUAUCAUCUUCAAGACGAUGGCACCCAGACAGUCAGGAUGGUGUCACAUUUUUAUGGAAAUGGGGAUAUUUGUGAUAUAACUGACAAACCCAGACAAGUGACUGUAAAACUAAAGUGUAAAGAAUCAGAUUCUCCUCAUGCUGUUACUGUGUAUAUGCUAGAGCCUCACUCGUGCCAGUAUAUUCUCGGGGUUGAAUCUCCAGUAAUCUGUAAAAUUCUAGAUACAGCUGAUGAAAAUGGACUUCUUUCUCUCCCCAAUUAAAAGAUAUUAAAGUUGAAAGAAAGAAAGAUGAUUGAAAAUCAUCACUUUCUCCUGACCACAUCUCAUUAUAGAGUCUCACCAUUGGACCUUGUCUGUAGUAUCACAGAAAAGGACUGGCAACCACUGUGAAGUUCACGUGUAUAUAAGAGGUUACAGAUAAAGUUGUAAGGCAGAUCCUUGUCUCACUUCAUUCAUUUUGGUCUUGUAUGAACUGAUUGUGUUUGGCUUUGCUUGGGUAACGUAAUUUCAAAACAAAUCUGAUCCAAGCAGUUUAGUCCAGCUUAUCAAAUGUCAUAAUCCUUGUAUUUGUUAGGGUAUUUUAAAUAAUAUACUUACUGAAUAAAUUACAGCAUAUAUGACAAGCUAAUGAAGUAAAGAUAAUGAAGAAAGAAGUUGCUAGAAGAUUGUGUAAAAUGAGGGGCCACAUAAAAUGUAUAAAAUUCUAAUGCCUGAAAUCCUUUCAGCUGAUGUUUCUGUGACAGUUGCUCUCUGUCAAGCACUAAACUAGAAGUGGAAAUAGAGGAGAGCCUCACAGAUAACCGAGAUCACUCAAGAAACUUUUUUUUUUUUUUUUAAUGAAAGGUUGCUCUUUUUCUUGACCUUUUAUGAUUCUUACCAUGAAUGAGUUUACUACAGAGUACAUGUCUACUGCAGACAGUUCGUGACUCAUCUCUACAUUAGAAUGCUUCAUUCUAAAAUUCACUGUGCUGGCUCUCAUACCUGCCUGCUAUAUAGUAUAAAUCUUAGUUCUGGACAGCUUUACAGCACAAUAUUUAUUUUAAAGAAAAUAAAAUGUUAUUAAGCAGUCUUUUCAUGUAGUUAGUGGCAGAUUAUUCAGUUACUUUAUUUUUCUCCUUUAUCCUUUUUGCAUAUAUUUUAUACAUAUGUAUCUGAACAAGGACAAAAAAGUAGCCAUAGAGACUGAGAGAAUACUUUAGAGGCAGAGCAUGUUUGAGGCCCUCAGUUCAGUCUCCCACAACAAAAAUAAAGAGCUGGAUAUUGGGGCUCAUGCUUUUGUUCCCAGCACUAAGUAGACAGAUGUGGGGGAUCAGGAAGUUCAAAGAUAGCCUGGUCUAUGCCAAGGCUAGCCAGUUCUGCACCAAUCAGGGCAACAAAAUGAAAGCCUAUCUUAAACAGUCAAAAUAAAAGGUGGCCCAAAUACUCCUGAAAACCAAUAUUUCUGAUAAAAGCUAUGUUAAGAAAGGGUUUAUUACUAGGCCUAAUGGCAUAUACUUGUAAUCCCAGCACUUGGGAAGUAGAUACUAGGAGAAUCAGAAGUUCAAAGUCUGCUAUAUAGUGAGUUUGAAGCCAGCCUGGGCUGCAGGAGACCUUGUCUUAGAAAUUAAUUAAUUAGUUAAUAAUUAAUUAAUAUGUGAACUUUUUUAUUCUACACCAACUACAUUCAGCACUUUUGGGUAUCCUACAAUUGAUUUAAUUAAUUAAUUAAAUGCCUUUAUAGCUGGGGCGGGGAGUUUAGUGGUAAAGUAGUAUAGGACAGUGGUUUACAACCUGUGGGUAAUGACCCCUUUAGGGAUUAAAUGACCUUUUCAUGGGGAGGGGUGUCACCUAAGUCCAUCAGAAAACAUAUUUACAUUAUGAUUCAUAACAGUAGCAAAACUACAGUUAUGAAGUAGCAACAAAAAGUUUUAUAGUUGAGGGUCACCACAACAUGAGGAGCUGUAUUUAGAGAUCACAGCAGUAAGGUAAGUCUAGGAGGUAAAAGAAUUUAUGGCUGGAAACUGGAGAUGCAGCUCAUUGGUAGACUGCUUAGCAUACACAAGAUCCUGGAUUCCAUUUCCAGCACAGCACAAGAAAUGAAGAAAAGAAAAAAGUAAAUGGCUCUACAUAGUGGCUUAACCCCAGAACUUGGAAAACAGAGAAGUAUUGCCAUGAAUUUGAGACCAAUCUGAUUUGCCAUACAUUGUGAAUUCUAGGCUAGUCUAGAAUGAGUGAAUGAGAUGAGACACUUUCU